AUGACUAUCAAAACGCAUUUGUUUGCCACGCUGAAGCCCACCAUCGUGGGCAUGAAGCGUGCGGCUGUGUCAUUGAGAGUGCUGGGGUCCAUGACUUCUUUCAGGCGGAUGUUCAAGACCGUGGUCCGACCGCUGAUCGAACCUGUCUUUGGAGAGUGUCCUGCGGAUGCGGCUCUGUACCGCAUGAGGUGCAUCAGGCUGUUCACCACCAGCCCGCAGAACUCUGUCCCGAAGCUCGUUGCGAGGCACAUGUUUCCGAAUGGCGACUGGCGGCGGCGAGAUAUAAUACCGAUUUACCUUGCUGGCGAGGAGGCCGACUACACGCCUGCCCAGAUUGAUUCGCAUAAGACACUCGUCGUGGAGGGCCUGUGUUACGCCUUUUGCAGCCGUGCCCCUGACAACUUUGCUGAGCACCAUUGGACUGGCCACACGGAGUGCACGUGCGCCUUCGGGAUGUUGGAGGUUUGCAAUGGCAUACUUGCCCACGCGUACCCUGCCUGGGCGCGCAGCAAGGGGACGCGGCCUCGCAGGCCUGUCGCCGCGGCUGGCGAAGUCGCCGCGGCCGCGGCGCCAGUGCCAGGUGGCGGAGCAGCGGUUGUCCCAUUUGUCGCCCCCGAGGUUGGGCCCGCUGCCCGCGACGGCGGGCGGAGCCCGAUCGAUGCGGCGGAGGAGCAGAAUUCUGCAGACAGGCGCAUCGCCUGCGACUGGAUUCUGUCUGACCCGCUGUUCGACUUACUGCUCAUGAGAAUGGCCCUCACAGUCUUGGCGCCGCUGGACCACGUUGGUCUCACGAUGUCAGGCGAAGCUUGGGAGCGUGAGCGGCGGCACAAGGUCGCUGCGGCGCUGUCUGCGGGGCAGUCGAUGGCGGCGGCAAUGGCGGGCAGGCAGUAUCGGAUCAGCGUUGCCGCCGAGGGUGCCGCAGAGAUGAGUGCCUUCAGAAAGCUACGCUACCUGUACGAUGAGGAUGAGUUUUGGACGAUCGUGCCGAUCAAGUACUUCGACGAUGCCAACGUGACCAAGGUGUUUAGGUUGUUCAGCCGCCUUGGUGCCCUGAUCGAGGAGCUGUGGGCCGCUCCCAACCGUUCCAAGGACGUCCAGUUGUUCAGGCUGGUGCAUGACCCUAGUCGACUCGCCCAAGUUCGAGCUGGCCGAGUCCGAGACUAUUGCUUGUACGGGGCCUUCGGCAGGAAGUUCUUGGAGGAUAACUUGGACUGUGGCGACCAGUCCGAGAUUAUUGUGAGACUAGCGUUUCUAGCAUCGUGCAUUCGUACGUCGAUGGCUCCAGUGGAGGCUGGCUGGGCGUUCGUCCGUCGAUUAUGCAAGAAGCUCGGCUGCCAGACACAUCAACAAGAGCUUGGCUACAUAUCCGCUCAAUGGGUGUUAAGUCGAUUCCGAGCGAUGCUGGAGCACGAUCACACGUUGGCUGAGAAGUUCGUGCUCCCUGAGAACCUUCGCAUCCAGUGCGACGCUGCCGACGACCCUGGUGAAGAUGGUGACGCAUCGCCGUCGGCUGCUGGCUGGAGCGGGCCUUGGAGGGCUUUCGUCGCCGAGAGCGACAUCGGCCUGUUCCGCGAUUUCGGCAGCUUGGGGGAGAGGUACAGGGACGUCAAAGCGAACGACCCCGUUCGCUUUGCACAAUUGCAGGCUGCUGGGGCGCAGGGCGCGGAGAGGCGCCGCGCUGGCGAGCGCCCGUUCGGGCCCAUCAGGAGGGACGUUGUCAGGGCCGCUCAUAGAGAGCAGCAGCAGGCUCGCUGCCAACGUAUCAGUGACAUGAUAUCGAACCCGAUGGGUGGGGGCAUGGGGGACGACGACGAGGUAGACCAGAAGACGAGCCUGGCCGAGGCGAUCGUCGAGGGGGGCGCUACCUUGGAUACCUCCCUGCAAUCGGCUCGGGCAGACGCGAAGUGGUUCGGCAAGUUGAAGGCUGCGGAGCAUAGACAGCUCACAUCGGAUCUGCUGGAUUACAGUUCUCGGAACUCGCGCGACCUGGUGCAGAACGUGUUUGGGACGUCUCCUCUGAUGGCCCCAUUGCUGCACCAACUGGGCGCGGUGCCUGUGCCCAUGGAGAGGUUUUCGCACUUGACUUUCCAGAGUGCGGCAGCCGUGCGGACCACUUGCGUGACUGCUUUGGUCGCCGUGGGUCGCUGCCCCAGCGGGCGCGCGGCGCGGCCUCUGCUCGGCGCUGAUUGGGGCAGGAAGCACACCAUGCAGAUGCAUGCAGCGGCCGAGCCGAUCAGGAAGGAGACUGCUGCAGAGAGAAACCAGUGGCGUUGCGCCAAGGCAGGCGUCCAUUUGUGCGGCGCCAAGGGCAAAGACACCUACUCCUUCCGCAACUCGGUGCUGCGGAUGCUGAAGGUGCGAUGUCCCAAGGACAGUGCCGCUCGCCAGAAGCUGAUUGCUGGCAGCCUCGUCCUGUGCGUCGCGCGGAUGCGACGAGAACCUGACGACCACAACGUGCCGCUCGACUUCGAGGCAGCUGAGGCCGCGCUGGAGUGGCAGACCCUCUACCGCAUGGCCGACGGGGCGGAGCUGCCGAACCAGGGUGUCCUGAUCGGCGCCUUGUUCGAGCUUCGGGAGG